AUGGCGGCGCUUCCGGGCAGAGUGGGGAGGUGCCUGAAGAUCCGAAGGGGGCAGCUGCCCAACUCGCGCUGCCUGAGCUCGUGCAGCAGGGGGGAGGCCAAUCAGCGGCACGAUGUGAGUUUGCAGCAGGGUGUGAGCUUGCAGCACGAUGUGAGUUUGCAACACAGCGUCAGUUUGCACCCCGCGCGCCGGGAGAGCGACGCCUACCGGCAGUACGAGCACCUCCUGAAGGUAGGAAGCAAAACCCCGGAGCAGGUGAUAAACCUGUUGAGCGACAUCAGCAGGGAGAGGAGGUGCGACGCGGAAGUGGUGAAGACGAUCACCAACCAUGUGUACGAUUUUAGCGAAGACUACUUCCCCCCUCAGCUGGUUCAAGUAUUGGAAAUCUACGCAAAGUUAAAAUACUCAAAUGAAACGUUGCUUGGAGUUGUCUGCAACAGGGUUAACGACCUAGUGAAUAUUAGGUCUCCUCUACGGGUAAAAAUACUAACCAAUGUGUAUAAGCAGCUAAAUCUGCACCACCCAGCUGUCAAGGCACCACUCAUGUCUCACCUGAACAGCAAUAUAAAUGAUUACAAAAAUGAGUUGGUCUCGAUAGUUAAAAAUGUAUCCUACCUGUACGUAGAUGCGGAUACUUCUGCCAAUAUUAUAAACAGAAUUGCAACCAAUUAUGAUUAUUAUGAUAAGGAUGGCUUCACCAUAAUUGAGGCGUGCAGCCGGUUGGAUGCCCCCCAGGAGGUACUACUCGAGCUGGUGAACAGGAAGGUGAAGCAAUUGCAUACCAAUGGAGACAGUUGCAGCUUUAAAAAUUUUGUAAAAUUUCUAAGCGCAUAUAAAAGAUUAGGGUUAAAAGAAAACACAUAUAUACAUACCCAGUUUGAAAAAAAAUUAAAUAACAUCAAGUUGUUACCUCCAGAGAAUGUCUCCUAUGUGCUCCUCCUAAUGUUGGCCUCCAAACUGAGACAUGAAGGACUAUUCGACUUGGUCAUCAUCAACGUGGAAAAUUUUGUGAACAAUAGAAAUGAGCAGUUAUCUCUGGAGGGGAAAAAUUUGUAUGUCUCUCAAGGGGAGAAGUGCAUGAGGGGAAGUGGCGAAAGGGAAGAACUUUCCCCCCCCCCGGGUGAAAAACACGCUAGGAAAAACUCACACAAGGGGUACCCCCAACAAAGCGCUUACAACCCGUACGUUCUUAACUUUCUGCCUUUUCACCUGCUGCUACUCACGCUGCUAAAUUACGGGGAGAAAAACACACUUAAGCAUCUGCUGAACGUGUGCGUUUUGGAUUACCUGCAUUUGUAUGACACAUCCAAUUUGGUCAACCUCCUCUACGUGUGCACGCUCCUCGCCAUGGAGGGAGAAGAGGGAAGUAAAGGUGUGCAGUCAGCCGAACUGGAACAAACAGCCCAGGAAAUUUUCCUAGCCCUCCAGUAUGUGUAUAAGAAGGCCACAAUCAACGAGAUGAAAAUUCUACACGAGUGUUUUUUAUAUUUCCAAAGGGGUGUAGAAAAAAAUCCCAAGUUGGUGAAGCUACACGAUGAUCUGCUGCACAGUGAAUGCCUGUCCCUUUUGCCAUCCUCUCAUGACAAUUUAAAAUUUGAAGAUUUAAAAAUCGUCAGGUGUGCUAGUUCGUCUUACUUGCAGGGGAAGACUGACAGCACGAUUUAUUUUUACCUUAACCGGAAUGAUUUUUUUUCCUCCAAUGUGUGUGGCUGCGACGACUUACUGCUCAGCGUAAAGCUCCGCGCGAACAUUUUGCGCAGGCAAUACGGGGGCGCCCACGCUGUGCAAAUGGUCUACCCUGGGGGCGCGACUGGGAGUGGACUCACCUCCAAAGGGUAG